GAAUGCAUCCAUGCUCAUCUUCGGUCGAGUGGUUCAGGGUCUCGGCGGCGGUGGAGUGGUAGUACUGGUUCACGUAUGCGUCAGCGAUCUCUUCACCAUCCGGGAUCGGUCCUUCUACAUGGGCACUGUUGGUGCUGUAUGGGCUGUCGCCUCUGCUCUGGGCCCGGUACUCGGCGGCGUCUUCGCACAACGUCUUCAUUGGACGUGGUGCUUCUAUAUCAACAUACCCAUCGUCUCGCUAGCGAUUAUAGUAUUGUAUCUUACGCUACACCUGCACAACCCACGAACGCCCCUUACGACAGGGUUCGCGGCCAUGGACUGGCUGGGCACCGUUACAAUAAUCACGGCUACUAUACUGCUGCUGGUGGGCCUCCAAGUAGGUGGCAUUAGCUCCUACUCGAACGCAGGAGUCAUUACGUGCUUGUUAUUCGGGUCACUCGCUUACGUCGCCUUCCCUUUCUCGCAACACUGGGUGGCACAACAUGGCGGUAGCCCUAUCAUGCCAUUACGCAUCUUCAAGGACAUUAGCAACCUCAGCGCUCUGGCUGUAUGCGCAUGCGACACCUUGGUCUUUACGUCAGUGGCUUACUUCCUGCCUCUGUACUUCCAGAUCGUGCUUGGACGUGAACCAGAGAUCACGGGCGUAUUUAUGCUCGCCGUCGCCAUACCACUGGUGCUCGUGUCAUUCGCUUCCGGUUACGUCAUCGAGAAGACUGGGCGUUUUCUUGAGGUACUGCAAGCGGGUCUCUUCGUAAUGACGCUUGGUAUCGGUCCACUCAUCUCGCUCAGCACCACACCAAGUAUCGGAACCAUCAUCGCCUUUCUGGUCGUCAUUGGUCUGGGGUUUGGGCCCAACUUUGGCGCGCCACUCAUUGCUCUGCAAAUACGCAUACGAGAAACGGAUAUUGCGGCCGGCACCGCGGCUUUUGGUUUUGUACGUACGAUAUCUGGUGCCAUUAGUCUAGUUACCGGCCAAGUGGUAUUUCAACUCCUCAUGGCGCCACACUACGAGAAGAUUGUUGACAGUGGCAUCGCAGACGAUGUUGCUCUCAACUUCACUGGGGGUGAAGCCAUAUCUCAAAGCGCCGCUAUUACUAACCUCACUGAGUUCCAGAAGAGUGUAGUCCGCCAUGGCUUCAUGAGCGCACUGAGAGGGACCUGGGUUCUCAUGACGAUUGUGGGUGCUAUUGGACUUUUGGUCUCGUUCGGUAUUGAGAGAACAAAGUUGCGUCGAGAACGGACGACUGAGCUUAAGGAGCUGGAAGUCACAUCGAGCAACGGAGCAUAGGGUAACAGCUCACACGCAUACAACUAGUGGCUUACUCAUCAAUACCCAAGCACCCAACCCACACAGCGCAAGCGAUCCAGUCGUUUGAUCCAGCACCAGUUCACCAAGUCUCAGAUUCCCGACACAACUCUUUUUAUAUUCAGUGUAUCUGGGCGUUUUACAAACAUAUGUAUUUGCGCGAUGUGGUCCCUACUACCAAACCAGUCUCAAGCCCCACCUAAGUACACUCGCUAGAUAUAUCAACUCAAUUGUUGCAAGACCC